AUGGAGAAUGAAAAUGCAACAUUGCUUACAGAGUUUGAACUGACAGGACUCACAGACCGUCCAUGGCUGCAGGUGCCCUUUUUCUUGUUAUUCUUAAUGAUCUAUCUCAUCACCAUUGUGGGGAAUCUUGGACUGAUCGCCAUCAUUUGGAGUGACCCUCACUUGCAUAUCCCUAUGUACUUUUUCCUGGGGAGUCUGGCCUUUGUGGAUGCUUGUUUGUCAUCCACAGUAACUCCAAAAAUGCUGCUCAACUUCUUACAGAUGGGGAAGAGGAUUUCUUUUUCUGAAUGUAUGAUACAAUUUUUUUCCUUUGUAAUCUGGGUUACUGCAGAAUGUUUUAUAUUGGCAGCAAUGGCUUAUGAUCGCUAUGUAGCUAUAUGCAAACCUUUACUUUAUCCAGUGAUUAUGACCAACAGAGUAUGCAUAGUUCUAUUAGUCUUGUCAUUUUUAGGUGGGCUUCUUCAUGCUUCCAUUCAUGAAGGGUUUUUAGUUCAAUUAGUCUUCUGCAACUCCAAUAAAGUGCAUCACUUUUAUUGUGAUAUUAUGCCAUUGCUAACAAUUUCCUGUUCUGAUCCUUCUCUUAAUUUUCUACUCGUAUAUCUUUUGGCUGGUUUGAUUCAGGCCUUCACCAUUGUGAUUGUUCUUGUGUCAUAUACACUUGUUCUGUUCACAAUUUUAAAAAGAAAUUCUUUGCAAGGCAUAAGGAAGGCUUUCUCCACCUGUGGAGCCCGUCUCUUUUCUGUGUCUUUAUACUAUGGCCCUCUUCUCUUCAUGUAUGUGCUCCCUGCAUCUCAGCAAGCAGAUGAUCAAGACGUGACAGACUCAGUGUUUUACACGAUCAUAAUUCCUGUGUUAAAUCCAAUUAUUUACAGUCUGAGGAACAAGCAAGUUACAGAUUCUAUAGCAAAAAUAUUAAAGAAAUGUGUUUAG